UCUCUGUUAAAUUCUAUUACACUCCCUCGCGUUCGCGAAUGAAUCGAGUUGUGAAUCCAAGAACGUGGGAAAGAAAUCAGUACUGAAGAAACACCGAAGAUGGCGAGAGUAAUGGAAGUGGCGCGCUUUGAAGAGAAUGGAUUUGAAGAACCCAAUAAUGGAGAAGAAGUUUCAUGGGAUGAUCUGGAGAGAGAAGCUGCUAGUAAUAUAUCGUCUAAAAGAACCGGGAGAUCUCACCACCACGACUCGUCUAGAAAAGGUGAAGAACUUUCUGGAGACUUGUAUGAACUGUGGAGGCAAGAACAGAACAGCAUAGCUGCAAGACUAGACAAAGAGCUUAAAUCCAGGUGGGAAUUGGAUGAACUGAUUGAAGAACAGCUGAGCAGAUACCAGUCCCAUUACUACAAAUCCAUGGUUUCAACGUCCUUAAAGGAUGUCUCUAGCCUCGUCCUGCCCACGUGGCUACCGCCUCAUGAGCUUGCUGCUGUGGCCUGGCUUGGAGAUUGGCGUCCGACCUCCAUUCUUGACCUUGUCCGCAUUCUGGCAGCUCAAAAUCCCUCCUUCUCUCUGUCUGAGUCGAGUGAACGUGUACUCUCUCAGCUUCUCCGUGAGAUACGCAUUGAGGAGGCCGUUAUCGAUGAGGAAUAUGCAGAAAUUCAAGCCACUUGUGUUCUGCACCUCCCCUUUUCACCACUCUGCAGUACACGGUCGCAUGAAGAAGCUUUGCGUUCUGUGCAGGAGCUGUUUGGGAACAUCCAUAAAGUCAUCUCAAAGGCACAACGACUCAGGUAUAAAGUGUUGGAGCUGGUGAUGAAGAAGCUGCUGAAUCAAACAGAUACAGCCGAGUUUGUGGUCGCAUUUGCAGGGAUUCAAGACGCCAUCCACCAGUUCGGAGAGCAGAAGAAGCUAAAAAGGUUGUACCCGGCAGUUCCUUCACCUCUGAAGGGAUCAGGAUCAUCCAGUUGAGAGCUUUGUCGGAGUCCCAAUUUCAGAGUAAAACUAAAAUGCUGUGAUCUUGAAUCUGCCUGUUAGGAACUUGUGUCUUUUCAUCAACUCAUAUAUGUCAGUUACUUUAGUAUGAAGGAACAUGUUUCACAGUCAUAGACCACUAUAUGCUCUGGAGUCAGUGGUAAUGUACAGAAGUAAGAAAUACAACAAUAUUGACAUUUUUAAAACCUGUUCUUGUAUAUACGUAUAUAUAUACAACAUUCAGGCUCUUCUUCUAUUUGUUGAUUAUUUGUAUC